AUGCAGAAAGGAGAACUUCUUGCUUUAUUGUUGACCCUGGCCGUUGGAGCGGUCCACGCCGAGACUGGGUUCUUGCUACAUACGCGCCGUAUCAGGGACAGUCCCCAAUGGGUGGAGGCGGAGGUGGAGGCGCUGGUGCGAAGUUCAUUUUACGCCGCGGAUCCCAUUGUCAUCUCCAUACCCCGGUGGCAAGGAAACAGCUCCUCGCCUGAGCUCUCUGCUGUGGUGUCUGCCAGGCUGGAUCAGGAGGCCAGCAAUGUGAUAAGCGUAGAUCUGGAGAAUGCCAAGGAUGAGGCCGAAAUCAUCGAGAGCGUGGCCAACUUGGUGUCGACCUUCAACACAAAUUUCGAUGUGCCGCUCGAUCGUAUCCUGCUGGUGGGCUUUGCUGAGGGCGCUCACCUGGCGGGUGGAGUGGCUGCCAAGGUGCACCGGGACCUGGGUCGCCAAGUGCCGCACCUCACAGCCCUGGAUCCAUCCUCUGGGGAUUCACUGGAGCACGAGCUCUCCGCAUCUGAUGCCGAAUUCGUUGAGGUCGUGCACACAAGUGCGGGAAAACUGGGCACCUGGGACCGACUAGGACACGUCGACUACUUCCCUAACGGAGGGGAGACGCAGCCAGGCUGUUCCAACGACUCCUGUUCGCACGAGCGAGCAUUCGAGCUGCUCCCUGAGAUGUGGUCCUCUGACAACGAGUUCGUAAGCGCAUUGUGCGGCUCUGUCGAAACAAUGAGCGCCGAGAGCUGCCGCUGGUCCACCCUGAAGAUGGGACAAAAGGCAGAGCGACAGCCCUCCGGCAUCUAUUUCCUGGAGACACAUCAGUCAGCCCCAUAUGCCAGGGGAGCCUACUUCAUCAGCUUUUUGUGAGGAGCGUAGCCAAUAAAGAACCAAUCGAAGAAUGGUAACAAAGGA